AUGGCGGCAGGAAAGAAUCACAUUGAAGGCCGGUCCUCCACUUGUCUCCGAAAAUACCGUAUAUUUGUUAUUUUUGUUGGAACAAUACUCUGUGUGCAAGUGUACCUAGCAUACUCAUUCCUCAGACUGGAGAAUCAGACCGGAGAGUCAUCGCCAGGAUCCUCCAGAGAGAUCGACACAGGAAAAUCGGAGAAGAAUGAGGGACUGCCAAAGGGCUCGCGCCAGCUCAAACUCCCACCAGACAAGACCAUUAACACGCUUAAAUCGUCAUCGCAGAUUCAUUCCAAUCGCACAAUUGUUAAAUUGGAUCGUGAAUCGCUCAACUUCAUGCCAAUUUGUGAUGUCAAUGGACGGGAGGCGAUCAGUGCUGUCAGCAGGGCCCAUUCGCAAUUAUGUAAAGAGACUAUUGUGAAUGUUACUUGCAUGAGCCAAAUGGGAAUGCUGUAUCCGGAACGACUGCACUCGUUCUGCCCGCACUCAACGGGCUUCAGUGACAUGCCUGUCAACCUGGGGUGCUUCAAGGAUGACAAGACCCAGAGACUUCUCUCCGGGUUUUAUACCAUUCUGAAGGGGGCGAAUUCUGCUCAACAGUGCGCAUUCUUGUGCCUCCAGUCUGGGUAUCCUUAUGCUGGCACUGAAUACUCAAUAGAAUGUUUCUGCGGGAUUGAGGAGCCUCUCCAAACAAAAAGAUUGCCAGACUCCAGUUGCAACAUGAAAUGCCCCGGGGACCUCAAACAAUCCUGUGGAGGAUAUUUAACGAUCAACGUCUUCAAAACAGGAAUAAAGAAAUUCAAAGCUCAAGAGGCGCGAAACAGUAGCGUGAAGACUGCCCAGGAGAAACCGAUAAGGAUAGCUUUCCUGCUGACGGUUAAUGGUCGAGCCAGUAGACAAGUUAAAAGACUGAUUAAUAUUCUUUACGAUCCUUCCCAUUUUUAUUACAUCCAUGUUGAUGCGAGACAAGACUACAUGUACCGAGAGAUGUUGGAAGUCGAGAAAAAAUGUUCCCUGAAGAACAUAAAAGUAGCAAAAGGUGGUUUGCGUCACGCCAGCAUCUGGGGUGGAGCCAGCCUACUAACGACCCUCCUGACAUCAGCCCGCCAAAUGCUGCAACACUCGAAAGACUGGGACUUCCUCGUGAACCUCUCCGAGUCUGACUUUCCCGUGAAGAGCAACGCCCAGUUGGUCGACUUCCUCACCCUGAACAAGGGCCUCAACUUCGUCAAGUCCCACGGUCGUGAGGUCCAGCGUUUUAUAACGAAACAGGGUUUAGACAAGACCUUCGUGGAGUGCGAGGCCCGGAUGUGGCGCCUGGGCGACCGACAGCUGCCCAAAGGCAUCCAAAUCGAUGGAGGAAGUGACUGGAUGGCCCUCAGCCGAGAUUUCGUGCAGUAUGUGACGCAGGAAAACCCAGACUCCCUCAUCAGUGGUCUUCUCCAGGUGUUCAGGUACACUCUCCUCCCAGCCGAAUCAUUCUUCCACACCGCCCUGCGAAACUCGAUCUUCUGCGACACCUACGUCGACAACAACCUCCACGUGACCAACUGGAAGCGCAAAUUGGGCUGCAAAUGCCAGUACAAAGCUGUCGUCGACUGGUGUGGCUGCAGUCCCAACGAUUUCAAACUCGAGGACUUCAACAAAAUCAGAAAUACCGCUGAGAAGAACCUGUUCUUUGCCAGGAAGUUCGAACCAGUCAUCGAUCAGAGGAUAAUCGACAAGAUUGAGGAGUGGUUGUACCCUGAGAAAUACAACAACUCAGUGGUGAAGGGGUUCGACAGAUACUGGCAGAGUCUCUAUCACCAUGCUGACCUGACUCCACAAUUCGACGACACACUCCUCACGAUCUCGAAUUCGCUGACUAGAAUAAUCUAUUCCAAAUAUGGCUUGACAUCGAGUCACAUUCAACUGCUGGAGACGAGCGCCUACUUCGAGGGGAACGACUUCCGGGGGAUUUUGGUGCAUGCUGAGGUGGACAUCAAGGCCUUCGAGUCUUCGACCUUCCAGAAUGACUUCCCGGAGAGACUCGAAGCGUUCGUGAUCCCGAGACGUGAGUUCACUGCAAGUAAAACUUGGUCUGCGAGGAUUAGACACCUGGAAGUCAACACGGAUUACGAUCAGAAGGAGCAGAUGUUCAGGAACUUCUUGGGGGGCAUCGGGCCCUUGUCGAGUCCUGUUUUGUCUUAUGAGUUUGACGCGUCCCUGGUGACGCCGAGGAAUCUCAGUGUUCUGUGGAUAGAUCCAAGAGGGAAUUUCGUGGACGUCAAUCAUCUUCAGUUGGAGGAGAUGUCGUUGAUGGGUUCGUUGAAGCCACAACUGGAGGAGCCACUGGCCAUUGGGGAGUGGCAGGUCGUGAUGAUAGCUGAUACUGUGGUGGUCAGUCACCUGAGCUUUCUGGUGAGUCCUCUGGGCUAUUGGAAGAACAGGAGGAUUACCGUGAGGAAGGUCAGGGAGCUGCAUAAUGGACCUGGUGGGAAACAUCGAGAGCCCCCUGAGGUUGAUAAGAAGUGGCUGCCUCUCCUGCAAGACGCAAACAUAAAUUUUCGUAGGGAUAAGGAUCACAAUCAUGACAACUUCACGGAGAAUCGGGUCGGCUCGGAAUUGAAUGCCUGGAUUGACGAGUUGACUUCGGAGUUCUAUAGGAUUGAACGCAUAUGCGUCAGUGAUGAUUCGAGGACUCCGGUGAGGACCAGUAAGAAUGUUAGAAAAUGCUCACAGAGCGAUUGGAGCUCACUGAGUCCAGAUCCUAAGGCUGAUACUCACAAUUUGUGUGGAACGUAGAACAAAAAUCAUUGUAUUAUAAUCAUUCAUUGGAACAAUCGAGGGGUGAAGUGGUGGGAGGAGAUGAAUCAUUUUGCUUUGAAGAUGACGGAAUCAUUAUUAGAUUUUUUUUAUAGAACGAAAUGGUGUUUUUUAUUUUGCUUCACUUCUUGUAUCUCAGGUGUGGAAAAAUUCUAUUAUUCUGUUGGAUAAUUUUUUUUUCUUGGGGAAGGCCCAGGGCUGACUACUUUGGUCUCAAUUCCGUUGAUUCAUUUUGUUCCACCAGUUCACGACUGAUCUUAUCACUCGUGGAACAUGAAAUACCUAGCGCCUUUGUAUAAAAACAUCUUCGCAUAUUUUUAUAACUGAACAUUAUUACGAUUGUAUAUACUGUAUUUGUAUCGAACAAUAUAACUACCUGUAUAAAAUUUUUACAUCA